AUGGAAGAUUUCGGAAAAACAGCGAAGGGCACUCCCGUGAAAAAGAUAACCAUAAGGCCGAAACUCCCAGAAAAAUUGGCCUCGGGCAGCGAUGGUGAAGUAUGGAGCGGAGUGAGAGCCGUCUUCCUCAACUACGGUGCAGUCCUCCAUCAGCUGUGGAUCCCUGGCCACACGGACACGAACGGCAAGAAGACGACGUCCCUCACUUUGGCCGAUGUGGUUCUCGGUUAUCCGGACGUUAGCGGUUACGAGAUAAACAAACCCUUUCACGGGGCCAUAGUUGGGCGUGUGGCUGGUCGCAUUAGUAAUGCUCGCCUUUGCAUUCCCUACGAACUGGAUCCCUCCAUGAACGGCUUCUAUAGAUUGACGGAUAAUAUGAAGAAACUACACUGUCAUCAUGGCGGAACGUUAGUUUUACCUUUUCACCUCGUUGCUCGCCACUUCUGCCUUUCAUUUUUUAAUGAUCCCUACAGUGUUCAAAGGAAGUAGAGAUGUAUACUCCUCUUAGAGUCAAAAUAUCUCCAAUUAUUAGGGCCAGGCAUCAGGCACCUCUUUCUGUCCAGCAUGUAAGGCUUUGAAAUAGCAAUAACCAAUCAAGUAACAGUGACUUUUAAAGUUGCAAUCUCCGCUUUAGGUACGACUAAGACGAUACGUUUUUGUUUUGUUCUUUAAAGUUCUGCGUUGGUUAGAAAAAAAUAGCUGUUUCACUCGGUUUAACUUGGCGAAAACGUCGAUUGUCCAACUAUCACCUUAAUUGAUUAAUAUUUAUAGCAACCUUGCUAGCACGUGGCUGCUUCAAGGGCUGAGGUAAAUUGGACAGUAUUUUCACGAAUUCCAUUAUACUUCGUGGUUCGCAUUAUAUACUGUAACUAAUACAGUUUUACUUAUGUGAUUUACAAAUUUGGAUCGUCCUUUCUUCUGGUCUGUUCUCGUCCAGACUGCAGGAUUAAAGGCCGGGAUUUAAACAGAUGACCCAGUUAACUCUAGUCGCCCCCAGAACAAGUAACGGAAAGCGGUUUGCCCGUGCAAUGGUUUAUACGGUUUGAUUUAGGCAAGGAGCGUACUCAGGCUACCUGUUCUGCAAAAAGGCUUGCAGUAUUAUUAAUCAGUUGUAGUGAAAAUUAAAGAAGGGCGAUCUCGGAGAUCAGAUCAAAACCCCGCCCAUUCCAAUGCAGUCCAGUCUUCAAGACGGGAACGUGUGCUAGCAGGGAACAAUAGUCUAAUAUGUAGCUAAACUGUACGGCCCUGAUUAUGAUAAUGUACAGAGUGGAGGAUUUAUUUCAUACUUUCAUACCGAACUACUGGACAGAUUAACAGCCGUAUUUCGAGAACUUAUAGGCGUUUCCCUCAUUUGUGUUAUAUUGCACUUUCUAAUCACUUUGUCUAAAAUUUCGAAUAAAGCAUUAGUUUAGUCGUUUUAAAAUAGACUAUAUUGCAUUCCUUCAAAUGUUCCUAAUAGUUUUGUUUACAUUCGUGAAGUUCUUAAUGCUCCCCUUAAAGUUUUCAGGGCGCAUAGAAAAUACAAUCUCCUUUAUCCAUAUGCACUCACGAAAGAAAAUGUGGCGUGACCAAUGACCCGCACUUGUAAUUGCUUGACCCAAUAAGUUACGAUGACAGGAGUUAGUUUAAUUUUUCGGACAAUAAGCUUUUUGCUUUCGAAUUAUUUGAAGUCCGAUUUGUUUCUACCAUUGAAAUCGUCUGCACACACGCCCAUUACUGCAAGCCUCGAGUUUGGCUACCAGCUGACUUCGUUACUGCAAAAUAAUUAUUUAACUGACAUCAUCAAGUGUUUUCUGGUUAGCUUGGCAGUAGUGUCUCGCAACCAAAAAUACAGUCAAUAAUGAAAUCUCGACUAGUAUUUUGAAAUGCGUUUUCCAUGUUUGCGGGGUUGUAGGAAUGAACAUCAUGCAGCACAAUCCCCUGCUAUUGCAAACACAACAGAAUGCUGGCUUUUGAAUGCGACAACUGCGGUCGGCUGCAAAAACUGAACUCGUCAAAAAAUGACUGCUUGCUCAAUAUGCACUUUUCCCAUUGAUUUGAGUGGCUUGCACACUGACUUUUGUGAAGAUGCUUUCACAAGCUCAAACGGUUCAAAAUGCCGGAUUUUUAGCAAUUAGCAGCUGCUUGGAUGUUAACUUCAACGGACGUAUGGUCAGACAAUGAUUGCUGAGGGACUGGAUCGAAAGUCCCACCCCCCGAGAUGGCGUCAGAUGCCCUAUCACUCAGCGAUCGCACUCAGAUUCGCCAACCUUUUCCAAAGUUCAAUCGUCCCGGAGGCUAGAUGUAAGGAAAGGGACUUAUCGAUACACUGAUACGAAUGGCAGUCGUGAGGGCGAUUUCUCAGAGGUAUAGUAGGUGGGCUAACUCAUGAAAUGUCAACCGAAAUUCCGAAAUGCGUUUUAGUGUUGAAAUGAUUAAUUAGGUAGGGUUGUAAAACUAGUCAGCCUGCAACAUAAUUCUAUAAUAUUUCAGUUACCUCAGGAUGCCGGCUUUCGAACGAACGCCCUUCCGAUUGCAGGCAAAAACUACACACUGUAAAAAACGAAUACUUAAUCAGCACGCAUUUUUAUCAUUGAUUUUCGAUGCCCAUUAAUUUCUAAUUAUAUUGAAUGAAAACAUACAUAAAAAUAUCCAUUCUUUUGCCCAUUCUGUAGAAAAUUACGUUUUUUUCUAAAGUUAUACCCGAAGAAGGAACAUAAUUCGACUUUAAAAAGUUUCUAAUUGUGGGACUUUUAAAUACCGCGGAAUGGCCGUUCAUAAAUCGUUAUGUCUCUGCGCUUACCAAUGCGGUUUGUACAAUAUGGAUCAAACCCACUGCUAAAUUUUACGCACCCUAUAUAGUCCCCUUUUAUUACCGUGGAGAAAUGUAUGGUUUUCCGUACGCGAAAAAUAUAUGGCUUGUAGUUUUGAAACCCUGAAUCCAAGUGUAAAUGCAGGUCGCGUUAACAAUCAUUCGGGAAAAGUUUCUGAAAACCGAAUAAUACCCUUCCUUCGAGUACAAAAUUGGAAGAAGACGUCAUUUUCUACCGAACGAGCAAAAGAAUGAAUAUCUUUAUGCAUGUCUUCCAAGAAAUAUAAUUGGACUUUUAAGGACAUCGAAAAUCAAUAAGAAAAAUGCGUGCCAAUUAAGUAGUCGUUUUUUACAGAGUGUAGUUUUUGUAUGCAGCCGGAAGGCAGUUCAUUCGAAAGCCGCCAUGCUGAGGUAACCGAUAUAUUAUAGAAUUAUGUUGCUGGCUGGCUAGUUUUACAACCCUACUUAAUUAAUUUUUUCGAAAUGAAAAUGCAGCUCGUAAUUUCGAUUGACAUUUCAUGAGUUAGCCCACCUACUGUAGAUCCCGCCGCCUUUCUUCCAUAAUUUGGCUGUUCGAACCUAUUGCACUGAAAACGCUCAUAAUCGGUAUGAUUUCCCCGUUUCUAUUGUCCUGCCUAGAAAGUGUUCAUACUGCAACCGUCACGCUUCCUGCAGAAAGUGCUGCUGUCGAAAACCGUGACUCAUUUUAUCCCGCUUACAGUAAGAUUAAGGUUUAGUCUUUUUGCAAAAACAGUCUUCGGUGAGAGAUGGAAAUAAGGCCAUGAUAGGAGGAAAAUGAUCAAACUCAUUAGAUAGGAAGGAAAGUCAGUUGUAAAUGACUCCUCCUACGCUUUGCUUUCGUUGCUAUUGUAAGUUUCAGUCACACUUUGAAAUACUUAACUCACUUUCCCUAUUUUUUGACAUUUACCCUACUAUCGAGAUGCCCCAUCCACAAAACCACCAGUAUGGUAAGACAGGCGGAUGUGGAUAGCUGGUGAUACUUGGGGGCCUUCAUUAGAUCCUUGCCGGCCUUUUUGUAGAAACAAUCUUCUGUAAGAUAUGAGGAUAGGGCCAUGAUAGAUGGGAGGUGAUCAAACUCAAGAGAUAGGAAGGAAAGUCAACUCUGAAUGAUUCGUUCUAUGAAUGUGGUGAGAUGUUCAGUCCUAAUAUCUGCCCCAGGAUUAUCCUGACGACGACAGAAACAACGCAACCUUCUAAAAACUGCUAUACAGUUACGCUCAAAACCUUUCGGGAUGCCGUCAAACGGUUUGACGUACUCGUGAGUGAAAUAGCUAACGGCCUUUGCAUAUGUGACUCUUAUGUUCUACUAACGACAGCUUUGACAGCAUAUGUGAGUCUAAGCAAGGAGCCUCUGUUGGUAGUCUGAGUCAUUUAGACCAAGGAGUCUGUUCUCAUGGCUAGAUUGAUUUAUGCAUCAUUCCUCCUAGAGUGUUUUUGUUUCGGCAGCUAGGAUCCCGAGAGAAAACGGUUGUCCAGGCAAGAGUAGUUCACACAAAUCUAUCCUCGCACGGAACCCCUUCUAACAAACGCAUUUUAUAUGGAAGUGAACGAAUUCACGAGCUGUACUAAAUCAGACUAAUUAAUUGCGUAUUAUACUGCCUGAACUAUAGCGGCUGCAACUUUCGUGAGGUGACUUGACAGUUGUCGUUUGAGGUGGGUCACGAUAAAUCUCUAGUUUUUGUCCACAGACGCCAACUCACCACCUGAUGCGAGUUGAAUAAACGAUACUGUUGCACCGCCGCUCAUUGUUCCAGAAUUUCGAGGGAAAGAAGAUGGUCCAUGUCGCAGAGCUGACUACCGUUCUCUUUUUCGGCAACCCUUUUUGAGGAUUACUCACUCACUCGCGUUUUUCUUAACUCAGAAUAUCCCUCAGAGACACUUGCUGCAAUAGAACAGUCUGAAGGGAUAUUGGGUAGAAUUUAGGAUAUCUUCUAGCAAAGGAUAGCUGACUUAAGUUACUUAUCAACACAUCAGUCUCAUAAAUGUAAGUUUUAAGAACGACCAGAAGACUUAAUUCUUUUCACUGAAAUUCAGGUUUGGACUAUCGAAACGGACAUGGGAGAUUCUGGAAUUGAAGUCAGACAGUGUCAAGUUUAAAAUCUUCUCCCCUGAUGGUGAUGAGGGUUUUCCCGGCAACCUAACCGUCUAUGUGACCUAUCGCAUAACAGUCAACUCUGAGGAGAAAAUCGAACUCUCCAUCGACUACUUUGCCUGCGUGGCUGACGGCAUCACUCCACUGAGUCUAACCAAUCACACUUAUUACAAUCUGGCGGGCCACCUAGCGGGACCGGAGGCUCUGGACCGACACAUCGCUUGCAUCGCUGCGGACCGGCUUCUCGAGACAGAAGGCGAUCUCAUUCCCACGGGUCGGAUCCAGAGGGUAGAAGAUGUGGACGGUGCAGAUUUGCGCAAACCAGUUAGCCUGAAAGAUGGUCUGCAGAAGAUUCAGCCAGCACCGUUUCAGGGCUAUGAUGAGUACUACAUCUUCAAUCAGAUUCCUCCAGAUGAGGCCAAGGUAACCGUCUCGGAGCCAAAUUCUGGCCGUCGGGUUGAGGCCUUCAGCGACCAGCUGGGAGUCCAGUUCUACACUGGCAAUUGUCUGGAGCCAAAAACUGAUCCAGUGGGCAAAAAUGGCUACAGUUAUCCACAACACAGCGGUUUCUGCAUUGAGUUGCAUGGCUUUCCGGACGCAGUGAAUAAACCCAACUUCCCACAGUGCUUUAUCAUUCCAAAUGGGAAGCCCUACACUCAGAAGUCGAAGUAUGUGUUCUCCUUCUAACUGCAUGGGGCCUAUCUAGCCACAGGGUCUGGCAGACGAUUUAGAUGCAGUUUCAAAGACUAUCUGACUUAAUUUCGCUUCUUAUCCUUUUUCCGUUUGCCUUGUCGAGAGUGAAACGGCGCGCUUGUCCUCGGUGAUGUUUUUAGACGCGCGCCUUUCACGUCUAAUCCUGGGCUUGACCCUGCAGAGGAUAUGGCUCCUCAUAUAUUUUGGCCCUUUAAAGCUUGUCAUGUGGUGGCUCUGUGCGAAUCUUUCCAUCUCAAAUUAUAUUUUUGUCACAACUGUUUGCAAUUAUAAAUCGUUAAACCAAUCACAGCUCUCUGUCACAUGAGAAUGCCAUUCACUGAUUCAUCUCCUUUUACUGAACGGACUAGAAUUGAUUCCUUCUUGUUGUACAGCUGCAGUCCACAAAUUUUGCGGUUGGCCGCAUAGAGACGAGCAACUGAUACUCCAAUUGCUGCUUAUUUGCCUCAGUCAUUUGGUCAGGAAUCAACCGCAGACUCUGAGAGGUUUGUUAUUUAAGGCCGACCCACUCGGUUGUCGAACACUUGGGUUAGAAAUGUUUUACUUGAACCACAAACGGUUAUUUCAGUCACCUCGUCAGAAUGACAUCUUAGUCACAUUUCCGAUACAUCAUGUCACAUGUCCCUUACUUUCCCUUUGUGGAUUGGAAGGUGAUAAGACAUGGGGUAAGUGCCUUUCUGAAAUUAAAUUCCCAAAGAGUGCCUACUUAUUCGAUUUAGGUAGCUGAAAAACGAAAUCUAACGAAGGGUAGGAUUACGUGCAUACGCGGACUGCAGAACUCAUUGGCGUGUAUGGGAUUACUGUACAAGACUGGCCACAUGAACACAGCGUUAAUGUUUUCGGAAAUUUAAUAAGCGUUCUGUGUCACCGCUCGACGUGAGUGCGAAGCCAGCAGGCCUACGCACCAGUGUGUUAAGUAUUGGUGAGUUCAUAGCUAUACGGGGUAAUUGGUAGGCGUGCCUGCCCAAACCCAGGACGCAUACGUAGCCCGGCACGAAGUUGUUUACAUCCGCGAGUUAGUAGACGCAUGGGGCCACCAAUCGGGGUGCCUAUGCGAACGCGUCCAUGCGGCUAAAUGGGUGACUAGGAGGAAACCAACUGAAAAUAAGGUGAUCCGAGGGAAGGGGUAACAAAAGGCGUAAACAGAAACUGACGGGCCCACCAUUUGGCGUGGGAUGCUGCUGACCAGAGUAACGUUAGGAAAGAAAAAAGGGAGCGAUUGGCUGACGGCACUGUUGACGGCAUGCACUAACUGUCCGAUUUUGUUGUCAGCCAGCAGAAAAUCGAUCGAUUGAUGCUGUGCCCGGCCUGGCAGGUGUGUGAGACAGAAGUAUAAAUACAUGGAUUCAUAACGGCGGUCUAGGCUCCAUCCAUCAAAGUAGAUAAACAAACCUAUGGGACGGAGCUUACUCAAUGGCCGGUGGUGUUCUUCCCAAGUGGGCAACCUACGCUUUCAUCCGACGUCGUAGACAGCAGGACUCACCGUCCACAGCUUGAAGUUAUUAAUUGGCUUAGCAGCCGGCAGUAUGGACAAAGAACAAAGGACGUUUUUCAGCGACCUUGUUGGUGGCUGGUACGAAAGCGGCUGUGGAUUAUAAAGCCCGUUAGAAACGUUUUAUAUGGCGUAGCCAAAGACUGCGUGGAUCCACAUGACAAUUGGCCCUACAGAUAAGUUUAUUUGAGGCAACAUUUCCUCGGAAUGAAUUAAAUGCAAGCAUAGACAGCAGAAUUUAUUGAAACCAAUAAAUUUCGUGACGGCUUAUUAACUGCAGCUUGUCGUUGCAUAACACAGAUAACAAAUGAGAAAGAUGCAAAGGUUUGAACUUCCACGAAGAGAAUCAAUAUAAAACAGCAAGGUCAUCGUAUACUUCGCGUAGACUAAUCAAUAAAAUAGGAAUUUGAAAACACAGCAUAGGAAUGAAAACGGGGAAGUUAACACGCCGAGGGAUUGCGCAAAUCAAAGGGCUCAGAUUUAUCAGAGCAAGCUGAGGUUGACCACGUGGUCUAACUGUCUGCAUAGGUCGAAUUUCUACCAAACUGUAAGUAGCGCAGUAUCCGAGUUGUUCGUGUCCGAACUAAUACUCGAAAAGAUGUUGUGGGGUAAACCGAAUGACCGCUAUCUAGGAGGUGCUUUGUGAUUGAAAACCGUGGAAUUUUAUUCUCCUGCCUUAGAAGCCAUUUAGGCAGGUGCUCAACCGACCUGGCUUCUAAUUGCCAUUGCGUUAGCCCAAUGCACUUGAAUUCACUAGUGCAUGUAAGUUCGUAAACAUGCUUUGACGUGGCGUGUAAUGGCAAGGCAUCCUUCGCCCGUGGAACUUGGAUAACCUCAGUGGGGCUGCAGAAGAUGAGUUCAGCUGAGUUGUAUGUUCUUGCGAUGGCGCAUCUCAAUUGUCGCUUGAUGAUAUUUGAGAUGUUGUCACCCUUAAAGUGUAAGGAUACUACAACGGGCUUUUUCGGAACUGACUGUUCCAUAAAUUUUGGCCAUAAAGUGUCGCUGUUGUCUGGAUCGCAUAAGCAAACAAUCUAUGGGAAUGUAUUUCACGGGGUUUACUUAUUCUCCUAAGCAAUCGGUAGUGGGACGGUAUAUUUUGGUUGAGAGAGUUUAACAGAAUAUCGCUUUGAAACCAACUUCGUAAUUGAGUGUCUAGGGAGGGGACUACGUCGAGGUAAAAUUUAGUGGCUAUUUCAACUCAAUCUGAAAAAGAGGCAAAAAGUAGACUGUUCGAAUCAUCAUAAUUUCCGAGCGAUUCUCUCCGCCUUCCCUCCUAGCUGGCGAGACUGAUAGUCACCGUCCACGGCCGCAUACACUUUUUUGCAGAAAUCAGGUAACCGUACACAAAUGGACUUUAUCGAAGACAUUGCCAGUACUACAGUACGGCGUCCUCAUAUAACUUAAACCACUCAGCCCAGUUGACAUCAAAUCUCUCAUCCGCACUUCAGGCGGACCCUGUUACUGCUCGCUGAUAACUCAAUCGGCAAAAAUGUCAACCAGCAUUGGUCCAGCGCCAGCCACUUACCGUUGUAAUCGCUCCGCAGGCAUAAAGGCUGCUCAGUCAACUUUCGGCCUCUACUUUAGGAAUGCCCUAUAAUAGUAGCACUCGACACUGAGUGCUGAACUCGCCAUCUAAACUGCGAGUCGCAUAGGGCUAAUUUGGAAAAAAAACGGUCUCGUUGAUACCAUACUCACACCCUCUGCCCCAGUGCACUUAUUCAACCGGUGUCCAAAGCGGAAUGGAAAGACAGUGAGCCGCAGUGGUCCCUUGAUAAUCGAUACACUGUUUCAGUCCUGAUGGAUCUCGUUUCAAAAAUAAAGCUACUUUUCUCUCCGGCAAGGAAACGUCACCAAAUUGAAAACAACUCCCUAAGGACUUAUCCGCUCGAUACGCACCGAUCCAAGUUCCGAGAUGGUUAUUUAAUUAUUCGCGCUCUGUGAACCAGCGCAUAGAGUCUGACAGAGGAAACUCGAUGCAUCCGUAGACACGCUUAAGAUUUCAGCAGUGCUUAUGCUCACAUACAGAUGGCUCUGAAAGUGGACAAAUAUAUUUGACAAAGAAAAAGGCAAAAACGACCCUACACGAUUAUAUUUUGGGACAGGUGCUGAACAGGCCCUAUAGUCUGGAGGUCUCAUGCCCAGUUUCUAAAACAAUGUCUGCGCCCAAUGAGAAUGGCUUACAUCACAGAUUCGAACAUCAGAUGCCCAAUGACAGUUCGGUUAUGGCGAACGAUGGUGUCCAUCGAAUGUUCCACAUUAAGAUACCUAGAGCGUUGGUUGUACUAAGGCCUUCCACCUGCUGUCUUGGGUUCGAAUCUCACCGAGGCGCCGAGUUCUUCCCGGCUGGGUCAGUAUGAACGCCAAACUUGUCAAGGCGGUCAAACGCCAAGGCAAGCUGUUCUUUGUGUUCUUCGGCACUUUGGCUGGCCACCAAGAAGUUAUCGAUGUAGGCUUACGCAAACGAUAGGCCAGGUAGGACAUGUUCAAUGGACCUCUGACACGUUUGGUCGGCAUUACGAAGACCGGAAGGCAAGCGGAUGAAUUAAAAGAGGUCAAAGGGUGUAGUGACGGCGGUUUUUGGGGUAUUGUCAGGGUCUAAAGGAAUCUAAUGAAAGGCGCGCACCAGGUCAAUCUUCGAUAAAACCGUUUUGUCAAGAAGGGCCCGGAGAACACCUGAAGAUCAAAAAAAGAAUACCAAUCGCGAGUGGUGACAUUAUUGAGGGCACGAUCGUCGCCGAAGGGCCUCCAGUCGCCCCAUGUUGCCUUAGGCACCAUGUACAGAGGGGACAACCAAGGGCUUUUGGAUGGGCGGAUAAUGCCCAGUUACAGCAUACGCUCAAAUUCCGAGGUGUUCUUUCAUACUAACUGAUGCGGAGUUGAGAAAUCGAUUUCGGGGGACGCGACUGGCGAUUAUUCUUCAAAACGACUAGGAAUCAGUAAGCGUUUUGGUACUACAGUAACCUGCACAUUCAUCUACUAACUUGCAAGAGGAAGUAUGCUUCUAUUGAACGAUUAUAUGAAAUGCUACGUGUCUGAUAGUAAAUGGAUGCUGCAUAAUACUUGAGUAGCGCUUCUAUACCGAAGGCGAUCGGCGAAGGAGUCUAGAAAAUCUCUGAUGGCAUGGAUGCCCCGCUCAAAAAUGCGUCCUUUUCGAAUGAGUAAAGUUAGUGCGAGUUAUUAGGCAAGCUAUACCAGAGACCGUUUCAGAGGCCAAGCUGAGAACGUUCCGCCCAGCACCUUUGUUAGGCAUAGUGGUCCGGUAACAAAGGUCAGUAAUUCGCGUUCAUGUCGAGGUGACCUUGGGUCAAGGUCGUACAGCCCUCUCUUUGUGCGGCACUAGAGCUAUGGAUGCCAGCAGACAAAGGAGACCUCUUUGUUGACGGCGCCACAGCGUCUGCAGAGCUCGCUUUUCGUUGGGACAAAAAUUAAUGCAAGCAUUUGGCUUUAAUUUUGAUCUGUGUUCGUUACAGUUAAUUCUAGAGGAAGAUUCCCGGGGACUCUUUUAUGGUGCAUUUCUCGGGCGGCCAAAGUACUCCAAAGUAUGUAUUAGCUUAAUUCCUAUCCCAAAUCGUGUAUUCGGUGGUAGGAGAUUUCCGAGAGAGACGGGUAUGACCAUUUCUAACCCAUUAGGCGUCAUCAUCCGGCCAUACCCAAGCCCAGGGUUGCGGGACCCGACCUCGAUUUUGAGUUCCUCAGUCAUCAAGUAUCAUUAAGUCGAAAACGCUACCAAUUGAACCACGUUCUCCUUUUCCUGUCGGUCGCUAUCGCGUAUCGUCUCGUACUUUUCUCUUUCCCCAAUAUGCUUGCCAACGGCAUGAUUUUGUUUUGAAGGUCCGAAUAUGCUGUGCCCACCGAAAAAACUGCACCUUAUGACAAUUAUUCUACACGGAGAAAUCACCCUGGUGAACGCAAACAUAGCUGCGCAGGUCGACCGAUUUUCGUGCUUCUGCCCAACCAUCAGUAAUGACUACCGAAGUUAUAAACAAUCCCUCACCCCAUCGAGCUUUGCUGUUAAUCUAUUGGACGAGACCCAGAAUGUCAACACGUAAUGCAUUUAUCCUUCAAAAAAACAUAAAUUGAUUUAUCGAUCCGCCCCUUCCGAACUUUAGUACAAACACCGCGACUUCGCCAUAUAGCGCCCCGAUCACCUACUGCUAGGGCUGGUCGAGGAUAUCCCAUCCUAAUUUCCUCUUCCUUUUCACCCUGCUCCAAAAUGUGUGCAUGGAUUGGCAAACAUGACUGACGCCUCGACCGCCGGAAGGAACCAUGGUCCUCGCGUGCCACAUGAAGUGUUCGUAGUGCAGCUGACUUGCGUGUGAAUCAGUUUGUAGUGAGGCUGACUUGCACAGCGCCUACCGCACUCUCUCUUGCCCUGUUACCUUUCCCCGGUAGCCAGACUGUCAAAGCGGCCAGAUGCGGGCGCGAGCGCUAUGGUCAACGAAACUAAGCGACCCCUCUACGAGUGCCACACACACGGCCUGGUGUCCACAAUAUGCACCUGACUAUUUUAAGGUUGUAUCGAAGCUAACUUCAGCGAGGGCCUCAUGAAGUCCGCAUCAAGAAGGAGCUCUUGUAGCCGGACACUCAGUCCUCAGCAGGACCGAGUUAUCUCGUCGGUUGCCAACUUUCCAAGUCACGACGUCCAGUCCGUCAGGACUGAUAUAAUGAGAAAUGCCCUAAUAUGCCUCGCGAAUGAGUUCUCUAGCGUCGACUUCAUUCCGUCUUUCUUUUUCCACACAGCUGUCCACUGUUCGCACCUGACAACCAGCUCUUGAUGCAAUUCGGCGCAGUGGCUAACGCAACAUGAGGGCCAAUGUUUAAGGUCUGCCAACACAGGCAUGCAUGGCCGUAGCUACAGGCUUGUGCGGAGUCAGCGCUGCUCGAAAAACGCGUAUCGCGAGGCAGUCUGACAGCCGGAUUGUUCCAGAGCAUCUACAGUGCAGCACCUUUUGGAGGCUAAGUAACGAAGAACCUGUCGCGUUGUGAUAUGCGCAAACUACGUUCAUGGCCAUCUCCGACUGUCUUGAUUUGGUUGUGUUACUGGUGGGUGUGGGAAGGGAGAGCGAGGUCCGUGUUGAGGAGGCUUCUUCCAUCAUAGUCCACCUCCUGAGGUGAUGGUGGUCAUCAUCGUAUUUUUCGGAAGCGACUUGUUUUAAUUUGGUGCACGUGCUGUAGAGCUGGCGUCAUACGGCUACUUGCCUGCCAGAAGUAGCUUUAGGCGCGGCAGAAUAAACGAACUAGAACAAUGCAGAAGUCACUGAGAUGGCAGGACGAAGUCCUACAUGAUUGUGCACCGACGAAGUUGGUCUCAAUGAUAGCAAGUGUUCAUUUUCACUAAAUGUCAUAUCUUCCCGCAGUCAGCCGUCGUCCCGGUCUUCAGGUACACCCUCGUCAUUCUGCUCUUCCUCCAGCGAUCUCGAACUCGCGAAGCAAAGGCGCAGGCCCAGCUGGCAGAACUGAGUCUUGUUCGUAGUCGUCUGCUGGCCAUCGCCGCCUGCGAUGCUCAGCAGGCUCGUGUACAGAACACGGAUCACCUGCAGCGCAUCCUCGACGUAAGUCCCGCUGUUGUCUAGACCUUCCGCAUGCUGAACUAGAUCUGUAUAGCGUGUAUCUUUUUUCGAGGUUUGUGCAUAUGUUGUUUUACUCCGUUUAUCAACGGGAAUGGGGCUAACUAUGGGGAAUACAAAUCCCUGUAGACUGGGAGUUUGUAUAUCAUCAGUUCACAUUCUAGUAUUUUAAGACAGUGAUGUGCAGCACAGCAGCUCUUGCCUCCUCGGGAGAAGGAGGAAGGAGGAGACUGGAGGCCGGAAUAUCACAGAGAGUUUCUCACUCCAGCGGGUUUUGUUGCGCAAUCACCCUCUUGUCCGUCUUUGUUUAAUUCUCCGCCGCGUACUCACUUGUACUUCCCUGUGAUGAAGGCGAUAUACGGCUCCUUCUCGAACAAAAGAAACCGCACCGCUUCUCAGCUCGGAUAAAUCAACGCCUUUCAUAGAGGAAUCGCAGAUUCUGAAGCGUCGGAUCGAACACUUCGGGAGUGUCCUCAACCGUCCCCCCCCGCAAUCUCCGACGCAACCAUCGACCGGCUCCCUCAAGUGGAAGCCAUCCCCCACCUGGAUCGCUAGCCCCCUCUCUCUCUUAAAAACCAUCCGACCGUUCAACAGCGAGAAAGCGUACAGCUCCGAUGAGAUCCGAUCUGCUCCACGGAAAGGUAGAGCCGGCGCGGCGACUUGCGCUUGAAUUAGUUCUUAAUGGCAGUAAUCUUGCAUAGCGUCUACCGCACUCCCCCACCCUUCCCUACCUACUCUCGGUGUCAAGACAUAGUCAAAAUGACUGAAGACGGGAUAGGGUUCAGGUGGCUGACAGGGCCGGAAUCGCAUCUAGGCAAACCUCCACACCUGCUGACCUACGAAAAACACUCGACUAGGAUGUUAACCGACGACAAUAAUGAGUCAGAAAGAGAAGAUGAUGACAUAAGUCACCGAGUAACCGUGCAUACCACCUGUGUACCUGACGAGAGUGCAAGCGCAUCUGCCGGCAGGGAACCAUGUGCCAGAGAACUGCCAGUGCACACCGCGCUUCAUAGAGAAAUUGCAGAUCCUGAAGCCUCGGGUCGAACACUUCAGAAGCGUCCCCAACUCUCCCCCCGCAAUCUCCGACGCAACCAUCGACCGGCUCCCCCAAGUGGAAACCAAUCCCCACCUGGAUCUAUAAUCCUCGUUCUCUCUAAAAAACCAUCCACCUGUUCAACAAAUGUCCAGAGAGAAAACGUUCAGCUCCGAUGCGAUCCCAUUUGAUAUCUACAAGCACAGUGACCAUUGCCUGAUGGAGCAACUGACAGCGCUAAUGCAGGAGAUGUGGCGCUGCGGGCUGGUUUCUGAAAAUUUUAAGGACGUAACCGUCGUAUAUUUGUACAAGUGCAAAGCGGACCGGCAUCACAGGGGCUUCUCGCUACCCAACACCGCCGGGAAGAUCUUCGUCCGCAUCCUCCUCAAUUGUCUCAACGGCCACCUAGAGCAAGGACUCCUGCCGAAAAGCCAGUGUGGCUUUCGACGUCACAGGGGCACCACCGAUAUGAUCUUUGUCGUCUGCCAGGAGAUGUAGACUCACCUCUACAUCAUCUUCGUGGUUCUGACAAAAGCUUUAAUCACGGUUAUGUGUGAAGUACUGUAGAGAAUCGUACUGGAGUUUGGUUACCCCAGAUGAUUCACGCGCAGCUCUACAAUGGGAUGAUGGCGCGCAUCACGGACAAUGACGCAGUCUCCGAGUCAUUCGCAGCGACCAGUGGAGUGAAGCAAGGCUACCUACUCGCGCUCACCCUCUUCAGCCUCAUGUUUUCUGCCAUACUCACGGACGCCAACAGUUAUGAACGCUAG